AUGGAUCCAGAACUCGAUCCCACUACAAGCCGGAAGAGAUCGGCCACAGCGUCGGCCUCUUCUACACAAAAAAAGAACCGGGCUAAGAUGGCCAAAAUCAAGCGGUCAGAUGACCUCUUCGAUGACCCAUCAGAGAUACUCGGGCAAACUACGUCUCCCCUCUACAACAGUGAAGUUGUGGGUAUCCAGAACAUACUCAAGCAUCCAGAUGCGCUAGCGGUCCUUCCACCUAGCGAUGUUGCUUCGUUAUCUACCAAGCUCACCGCGGACAAUCUCAGCAGGGUGGUUGCUGAAUUUAGGGGGGAUGGCACUUCGUCCCGCCACGACCCCCAGUGGCUGGCUUCUGCGCUCCAGGCUUCCCGUAGGCGAACUGCAGGCGAGUUCGACGAGUACCUGAACCAGCGAUUCGAGGAAGAUUGGGGCGAGGAGAAUGAGUAUUCCUCGGGUGACGAAGACGACGAAGACGACGAUAACACGAACAAUGACAGCGGCCCUACCAACGGCGACAAACCUCCUCGUGCACAUAAGGAUGAUGGUGAUGAUGAGUUUGGUGAUGAUGCCGGCGCAUCGGCGUCCACCCCCCGCACCAAUGCCAACACCAAAACCGAUCAGGGGCACGAGCCGGGUGCUUCACAUACAGAAUCAGAUGGAGAAUCCAAGCGUACUAGUGGUACUGAGCGCAACGGAUCUGAUAUGGAGCAGCUAUCUGUGUCAGUCGAUGAGUUGUUGCGUGGUUUGGAGAACGUUACUGCACCACCACGGCAGCAUGUUUGUUUGCAACGCAGUGUCGUUAAGUUGAUCGAUAUUGUUAAUGUUGGCCCGGUUAUUAAUGGCAUCUGUCCGGGUGAUAUUAUUAGAUACAAUAACAAGGACGCUGUGGUGGAAUCAGCAGGCGGGAAAUUUAGAAUUUGGGUUCCGCGAGGAACUCAUCCACAUUCGGAGCCGGAUUUGAGGGCUGAUGCGACAUACCCUAACAACAUCGUUCCCAAACGAAUUGCUGGAGUUGGCGAUGUCACUGCAGCCAUGCAUAACGAAAACCCAGCCAUUCCAUUGUCUAAUAACUGGAGGUUGUUCCAGCUCAUCCGUCAGGGCAAUGAUAUAGGAAACCUUUUUGACUUUCGUCAAGCUUGGCAAUUUGCGUUACAUGAAUACCAGUAUCAGCAACAACUCCUUUUUAAGCCUAAUCGUCGGCGGCGUCUUAAUAACACUCAUCUGAACGAAGGGUUUCAACUUAUUGAUAUGGUUGCUCUAUAUCGGAAGAUACGUGAGGGUGACUUGGUGCAAUUGCACGAAGACUUGAUUAUUGACCUUGGUCCAGAACUGAAUAGAUCACUGGCCGAGAUAGCCGAGCCCGGCUACCAGAUCAUCAUGAUGGAUCUCAGAAUCAUGAAUUCUGACGGUAUCCCUAGCCCCGGCGGCUGUACUCUUGAAGACGCGUAUCGAAACGGCCCAAAUGCCUUUCCUACAACAUAUCUCCGGAACCUGGCUGGGAGUUAUGGUUAUUCCAACGGCCACGCCCAUGUUGGACCUCUUGGCUUGGGUAAAGGCUUCAACAACAAACAUUGGGGUUAUGCUAGAAGCUUGCAAUGCUUGAGUGGCUCCGCUUAUUGGGGCCCUGUUGCCCAGAGAAAAAGAAAGCCAAAUGAGUUUUUUAAUAUUCAUAACCGAAACCAGGUUGGCAUAGACUUGGACGCGAGAGGUUGUCUUUGGACUCCAGAAGAACGAGCUGCCGUGACUAUACUCCAGCGGGCGAAGAUACAGGGAAAGAUUGCUCACUACCCCAUUCCAGUCACCAUGAAUCGUCGUUGUCCUGAAUUGUCUCCCAUCCAACUAUCAAUACAACCCGACGGACGUUACGCUGCUGCUGAUGGAUCAGUACUAGCCAUUGAUACUACGGAUGGCGGUCAAAGCACUAUAUUUACUCCUCCCCGACACGCCGCUAGCCCUGGGCCCUCCAUUCCACAAUCUCUAGAUUUUGAUUUAGAGGAUAUGGACAUGGAAUUGUCGUCUAUAUACGGUGCUGAAGAUGCUGAAGAUGCUGAAGACUAUGAAUUUGAAGCACCCGAGCUAACUAUGUUGGCUCCUGGUAGCUUUUACUGCCACCAAACACCACCAAUGCCUUGUGGACUCGGUUCUCCAACCCCCUUAGGUUAUCCUAGUACUUUCUCGAUUCCGCAGUCUCUUGGUUGUGGUCCAGGGGGCAUCGACAGGGAGUCGCCGUCUGCACACCCCAGUGGAGGUCAUAUGUCUUCAGCAAGGCACUAUGCACAAACGUAUCCAGAUCCGUUGCCUUCGAAUCCUUACCCCUAUAGAACACUACCAGUGGACCUUCACACUGAGUCUCAUGAUCCAUUAGGUUAUACAAACUGUCCUACAUUAACAUCUACAGACACUCCUGCAGCAGCUAGUUCAGCUGAGCCCGACUUGUCGAUGAUCGACCCAUACCUGUUGAACCCAGCUUUAAAUUCUUUCGGAACGUCUAUGUCUACGCCUAGCUUGGAUUAUGCGAAAGAGCCAGCUUAUACAAACUCUCUUUCAUCCGGAGACAUGUUUACUACUCCCAGGAUUCAUGGAAAUUCUCACGAGUCCGACCAGUUACCCAUUCCUGCCGAUCAGCUUCUGGACGGGAAUAUAUUCACUCACAAUCUAGAACAUGACACAUUUGGGACCGGAAGUUUGUUCGGCAAUGGUGGGCACGAUAAUGAAUUGCUGCUCACAGGAACCCCCAAGCCGGCGAACUCGCCGCCGUUUCUUCCGAAAUAUUCUCGAUAUGGAUAUGGACUCAAGCGUAAGAUGGAUGACUGCUGA